AAAAAAAAAACAUUUAAUUAAAGACGAAUUAAAAGCUGCAAAAAAGAGAGGAAAAAAAUCGCCUUUUUAACAUUUCAUUCCCUCUUUCUCCGGCAUUCGUAUAACCAAAAUACGAGACACACCAAAGAAGCACCAAAAAGAAAGAGAGAAACCCUUUCGCUCUCUUUGUGUGUUUCCUCAUCUCUCCCUCUCUCUCUCUCUCUCUCUCUCUCUCUCUGUGUUUUCUGGUUUCCAACAAUGGAGGAUGAAACGAAUUGGCUGAGCCCCAAGGUUCUGUUUCUGUCUGUAAUGGUGGGUUGUGUAAUGGUGAAAGGCGUGGCCUUGCUCUGGUGGAGACCAAGAAAGAUCGAAGAGCAUUUCUCGAAACAGGGGAUCCGUGGUCCUCCUUACCACUUCUUCAUCGGCAACGUCAGAGAACUUGUCGGGAUGAUGCUCAAAGCUUCCUCCCACCCCAUGCCUUUCUCUCACAACAUUCUUCCUAGGGUUCUUUCCUUUUACCACCAUUGGAGGAAAAUCUACGGUGCGACGUUUCUCGUUUGGUUCGGACCAACAUUCCGGUUAACAGUUGCCGAUCCCGAUCUGAUCAGAGAAAUCUUCUCGAGAUCUGAGUUCUACGAGAAAAAUGAAGCUCACCCGCUUAUUAAACAGCUUGAAGGCGAUGGACUUCUUAGUCUCAAAGGCGAGAAAUGGGCUCACCACCGAAAGAUAAUCACCCCAACAUUCCACAUGGAAAAUCUCAAACUGCUGAUCCCCGUGGUGGUGAAGAGCGUGACGGAUAUGCUCGACGAGCUGUCGGGGAACUUGUCGGAAUCCGGAGAGAUCGAGAUCGAUGUCUACGAGUGGUUUCAGAUUCUGACUGAAGACGUGAUAACAAGAACAGCUUUCGGAAGUAGCUACGAAGAUGGACGGGCGAUUUUCAGGUUACAAUCUCAACAGAUGCUUCUUUGUGCAGAAGCUUUCCAGAAAGUGUUCAUCCCUGGCUUCAGGUUUUUUCCGACGAAGAGGAACAUAAAAUCGUGGAAGAUAGACAAGGAGAUAAAGAAGUCGCUGGUGAAACUGAUAGAGCGGCGGAGGGCGAGCUCCUCCUGCUCCGGCGGCGGAGAUGCGGCGGCGAAGGAUUUGUUGGGUUUGAUGAUAGAGGCGUCGAAGUCGUCGGCGAACGUGACGGUGAAGGACAUAGUGGAGGAGUGCAAGAGCUUCUUCUUCGCCGGAAAACAGACAACGUCGAACUUGCUGACGUGGACGACCAUCCUGCUGGCGAUGCACCCAGAGUGGCAAGCCAAGGCACGUGACGAGGUCCUCAGGGUGUGCGGCUCACGUGAUAUCCCCACCAAAGACGACGUCGUUAAGCUCAAGACGCUAAGCAUGAUCAUCAACGAGUCGCUACGGCUAUAUCCACCGAUAGUGGCAACGAUCAGAAGGGCGAGAGCUGACGUGGAACUCGGAGGGUAUAAGAUCCCCAGCGGCACGGAACUCCUAGUUCCGAUCCUAGCCGUCCAUCACGAUCAAGCCAUCUGGGGCAACGAUGCCAACGAAUUCAAUCCGGCUCGGUUCACGGAUGGCGUGGUCCGGGCCGCUAAGCACCCGGUAGGGUUCAUACCGUUCGGACUCGGGGUCCGAACUUGUAUCGGACAAAACCUAGCUCUACUUCAGACGAAGCUUAUGCUCGCGAUCAUGAUCCAACGGUUCACAUUUCAUCUUUCCCCGAAUUACCAACACGCACCAACGGUCCUGAUGUUGCUAUACCCUCAACAUGGCGCACCGAUUAUAUUCCGUAGAUUGGACGGUCAAGAUUAACGGCUGUGAUUUCAAACAACGUGUUCCGACGCUCUAGAUUAUCGUGAAAAAAAUCAACGGCCCUGAUUUCGUCAUGCGGGUCCAAGAUUUGUAAAGGGGGCGGCCAAGAAAUUCCCUUUGAGGCGUUGCAAAAAAAAAAAAAA